AUGGAUGAAUGUAAUAAUGUUAGGGAUUCUUAUUUUCAAAAAGGGCUAGGGAGACUAAGGAAAUAUAAGAUAAGGGAAGAUGAUGAUGGUUCAGUGGUUAAAGAUAAUAGUAAAUGUUUUACUUUUGAAAACAAUAAUACUGAGAGUUUGGAACAAUAUAGAACAUCUUCAGAAAUAUAUAGCGAGACAAAUAUUAGAAGUAAUUUGAAUGGUGAGAGGGAAAAAAGGAGAGAUAUAGAAGUUCCGAUUAAUACUUUGGAUUCGUAUUCUAAAUCAAGUUUAUCUUUUUAUGAUAAUAAAAAAGAUAAGUUCUCUAAAUAUGAAAAUUUGGAUAAUUUUAAAGAAAAAAGGAAAAAGAAAAGAUUUAAAUUAAAGAUUGAUGAUAAAGGAAAUAAAAGUGAUAUUGAAAUAGAUAACUUUUUGUCUAAAUUAGAUGUACUAACAUCUGCAAAAAAACAAUCUGCAAAUAUUCAUGAAUAUGACUUAAAUAAAGAUAACAAUAUGUCAAAAAAGAUAUAUGAGGAUAGUUUGUAUGAAGAUAAUUUGUUUGGAUCAAUAAACUGCAAUUUAGAUGAAAAAGCAGAUGAAUCAAAUAAUAUGGUAGUUAAUAAGACCCCACAUGAGUUAAAUAUAAAUAUAGAAGAAUUAAGUUUAUUAGAAAAGUUAUUAAUUCCUUUUGUUUUCAAAGAUGAUUCUAUACUAUAUGGGGUUAAAGAAUGGAUUCCAUCUACUUUUUUUAACUUGAAAUCAAAUAUAAUAUCAAAUUUAGACAAUUCAGAUUGUAACAAAGUAGAUGGGAGAAGCUUGGCAUUUUUUUAUGAAAAAUGGAUUGAACAAUAUGGAUAUUUAGCCUGUAUAACAAAUAAUUUUACUCGCCCAUUAAUAGAAAGUUUUGUUUUUGGUAAUAAUAUUCAAGUAUGUCGUGAUACUAAAAAGUAUCCAAAUUACUUUUUAGAUAUUAAUGAUUCGGUAGUUGUCUCCGUUCAGGAUAAUUGUGGAAGAGUUGUAUUAUCUAAACUUAUAUCUGUUGCUAAUACACAGUUGAAGUUAAUUAAAAAAAUGAAUGAAAAUAAAGAUAACUUAAAUUCAGUGGAUCAGUCAGAAAGAUUAAGGUGGGGUUUAAUAUCUAUAAAAUCUAGAACUAAAUUGUGGUGGCUUUGUAGAGCUGCUCAACAUUGCAAAUAUAUCGAUAAACAUGGUAAGACUUACCAGAAAUAUUCUAUGAACUUUAAUAAUCAAAAAAUUACUUCAUUAGAUAUUGGUAAUUCAAUAGAUACACCAAAUUCACUUUCUACAAUUGCUUCUAUUAAUACUGCUAAAGAUACAACUAUGGACCUUUUUGAGAAUGAUACCAAGUCUGAUAUAGAUUAUUCAGAUACAGAUAAUAAACUAAAAAUAGAUGAGAAUUUGGAUUCAAAAUGGAAUGAAAUAUUGGAUCUUAGUACUUCUAAUAAAAUGAGACCUUGGGAGAAGUGGUCUAAAGAUAGGAUUGAUACAAAAGGUUUAUAUAAUUUGAAGGAUUUAAAAAGUGAAUACAGUAAUAUUAGUGCAUAUAAUACAAAUAAAAACAAAAAGACUGAGAAUAUACAAGGUUUAAAAUUUAUAAAUAUUGAAAAAUCAAAUCAAAAGUCAAAUUUUGAUUCUCAAUAUCAUAUAUUUAAAUUUAUGCUCUAUAAUUUAGGACCUAUGCCAACUUGGACUACUUUAAAUAAUAAAUCUGGUGAUGAUUUGCCUAUAUAUACUAUUAUAAUUGAACCACCAAAACAACUUUCAUUAAGGGAACAAAGUCAGACAAAAAUUAGAAGGAUAAAACUAAAGAAACAGGCUGAAAAUCUCGCAAUAAAUCACUUUGAUAUAUUAGACUCUAAGACUAUGGAACUAAAAGUUGAAAAAUUGAAACAUUGGAAUUUAUAUUUUAAUUUAAACUUAUUUUUACCUGAAUAUCCAAAUAUAAAAAAAGUGAAGAUAGAGUCAGUAACAGAAAAUGAACUAAAAAAAAUAAAUUCUAGUAUCUCACAAGAUAAUAUAUUGAAUUUGGAAGAACCAGUUGAUAAUCUAAGACACAAUUUUGAAAUCCUAAGCAAUUCAUUAAAUAAUACAAGUUAUUCCUUGGAAAACAGUGAAUCUUGUGACGAAUUGAAUAAAAUAUAUGAAAAAGUUGAUGAUUUUAUUCCAUCAUUACCCUUGGAAAUUGAGUACAUCUCUGAUGAACAGUUAGAUAAUUUAGAUAAUGAUGGGGAGGUAGACUAUAUAGAAGAUGAUAUAAUUCAUAAAAUAAACAAGGAUGGAAAUUCUAUAGAUUCUGAAUAUUCAAUAAAAAAAGAUAUCAAGCACAUUAAAUCUUCAUUCGAAAACUCAAUAAUAGGAGAAGAAAUAUCAGAACAAAUAAUAAACACAUCUUUGGAUAAUCACGAAAAAAUUAAUUUUGCUAAUAAUUUAGAUAAUGGAAUAAAAGAGAAUUUAUCUCCUGAAUCUUUAGAAAAUCAAAAUUUAGUACCAGAAAUAUUAACUCAAAAACAAAGAGUAGCAUAUAAUCGCUUAAAGAAGAUAAGGAUCAAAAAGAGAAAGUUAAUUCGUAAAAUAAAAGAAGAAUAUGGCCAUUUAUUAGAACAGGAAGCAGAAGAAAGUGAAAAUGAUGAUAAUAUUUAUGGACUACAUAAGAUAACAAAACAAAGUAACGAUUUACAAGAUGAAGAUGAUGAUAAUGAUUUAGAUUGGGAUGAAAUUAGUGAUAUUUCGGAUUUAAUAGAUAAUGGAGUAAUUGAUGAUGAAAUUGGUUUAAAUGGAGAUGCUAUGCAGGCUCAUUUAAAACAUAUUCAAGAAAUUGAGGAGAAGCAAUAUCGUCAGUUGUUCACUUUAGAAGGCUUAAAAGAACGAAAAUCUUCACUACAUAACUUUCUUAAUUUAGUUGAUGACAACUUAGAUGGUGAAACUCGUAUUGAACGUAGGAGGAAUGAGAUGAGUAAUCAUUUUAUGUAUAUGGAUGAUGUAAUUAGCGAACUUUGGACUGAUGAUGAAUAUAAAGAUGAUGAAUAUGAAGAUGAAAUCUUAAAUGAUGAUAAUCUUGCAACAUUAAUAGGUGUUGAUACUAAUUAUUGGAAAAAGUUUGUUAAAUUUGGUUCAGACUCUCAAUCAGAAAAUGGAAAUGAGAUUGAUAAAUUAAGACAAAGUAAAUUUGAGGAAUUAAAAAGAGGAUUAAUUAAAGAGGCGUCAAGUCAAAUAAAACAUCUUAAACAGAUAAUAAUAAAUAAAGAUGUAAAUUUCAAUAAUAAUAAUAAUUCAAAUAAUAUGGAAAAAUCAAUCAUAGAUCUUAGUUCUAUGGCAGAAAAUAUUAAUAAAGAAAUUAAUCAUGAAGUAAAUCUAUUAGAUGUGUCUAGUGAAAAACAGUCAAUAGCAAUUAAAAGGUUGGAAGAACUUUUGCAAUCAAUACAUUUAGCAUGUCAUAGAUGUAUAUAUUUAAAUUCACAUGUAUUUGAUCAUAUUGAGAUUUCGGACUAUCUUGAAAAAAGACAAGUAGCAAAAAAAAUCCGUAAAACUGAAAACAUAGGCAAUAAUAAAAUAAAUAAAGAUAUUAAAAAGAUAGAUUCUGUAUUUUGGAAAUCUGAAAAUACUGUAAAUAAUAUUAAAAAUCCCAUUAUGCAAAUAAGUAAUUUGAAUAAUAUUAAAUCUCUAAGUAAUCAAAUAGAUAAAAAAUCUCAUAAUUAUUUUGGGGAAUCUAUUAAUAAUGAUUAUAAGUCUAUUAAUAAAGUGUCUAAUUUGAAAAUAACUAAGAAGUUUAUUCAACGUGGAGGUGGUCGAUUUACUAUCAUUGGAUAA